AUGGCAGCCAAGACAAACUCGGCCGAAAACGGCAAAUUUGUCGAUAUGGAGAAGGAUACGGUCGAUGUGCAUGCAAAGCAGCAUAUGACAACCGACUAUGGCAUCAAAAUCUCAGACCCGGAUCAUUCGUUGCGAGUGGUCAGUGACUCGACCACGGGUCCAUCGCUAUUGGAGGACCAGAUCGCCCGUGAGAAGAUUAUGCGAUUUGACCAUGAGCGCAUCCCUGAGCGAGUCGUACAUGCCCGUGGUACAGGUGCAUUCGGUCAUUUCAAAUUGUUUGAGAGUGCUGAGGAUGUCACAACAGCCGGUGUGUUGACCGACACCAGCCGCACCACUCCUCUCUUCUUGCGCUUCUCUACUGUGCAGGGUAGCAAAGGCAGCGCAGACACUGUCAGAGAUGUACGCGGAUUUGCUGUCAAAAUGUACACAGAAGAGGGAAACUGGGAUAUUGUCGGAAACAACAUCCCUGUCUUCUUUAUUCAGGAUUCGAUCAAGUUCCCUGACUUCGUGCACUCGGUGAAGCCCGAGCCACAUAACGAGGUGCCACAAGGCCAGAGCGCGCAUAAUAACUUCUGGGAUUUCGUUUAUUUACAUUCGGAGUCGACACACAUGAACUAUUGGCAAAUGUCCGAUCGGGCUAUUCCUCGCUCAUACCGGAUGAUGCAGGGCUUCGGUGUGAAUACCUAUUCUCUCGUCAACAAAGAUGGCAAGCGUCAUUUUGUCAAGUUCCACUUCACUCCUGAGCUUGGAGUUCAUUCGCUUGUCUGGGAUGAAGCUUUGAAAAUCUGUGGUCAAGACCCAGACUUCCACCGCAAGGACCUCAUCUCCGCCAUCGAGGCCGGUCAAUUCCCCAAGUGGAAGUUUGGCCUACAGCUUAUCCCCGAAGAGAAGCUAGAUGACUUCGAGUUCGAUCCCCUUGACGCCACCAAGGUUUGGCCGGAAGAGCUGGUUCCCAUUCGGUACAUCGGCGAGCUGGAGCUGAACCGUAACGUCGACGAGUUCUUCCCACAGACCGAGCAAGCUGCUUUCUGUACCAGCCACAUCGUACCUGGUAUCGACUUCUCCAAUGACCCUCUCCUCCAGGGCCGGAACUUCUCGUACUUUGAUACACAAAUCUCUCGUCUCGGCGCGAACUGGGAGGAACUCCCCGUGAACAGACCCGUUUGCCCGUACAUGAGUCUCGUCAACCGUGAUGGCGCUGCACGCCAUCGCAUCACCAAGGGAACAGUUAACUACUGGCCUAACCGCUUCGACGCAAACCCCCCGGCUACAGCCGCUCAGGGCGGCUUCACAAGCUACCCCGAGAAGCAAAACGGCAUCAAGGCACGCGCCUUGUCAGAGAAGUUCAAGGAGCACUACAACCAAGCUCAGACAUUCUACAACUCCCUCUCGGAAAUCGAGAAGAUGCAUCUCGCAAAGGCCUUCUCCUUCGAGCUGGACCACUGUGACGACCCAAUCGUCUACAAGCGCAUGACCGAGCGCGUCGCAGCUGUCAGCCUCGAACUCGCCGAACAAAUCGCCAAGAACGUCGGCGGAGAUACCCCGAAGAGCUCAAAGCCCAACAAGGGCCAGAAGGCGAAAGGUCUCAGUCAGUUGGAGUACAUGCCUAAAGACCCCGUCAUCGCUACUCGUCGAAUCGCAAUCCUGAUUGCCGACGGAUUCGACUACUCAUCCUAUAUCACCAUGAAAGAGGCCUUGGAAGCGCGCAAUGCAUUCGUCUUUACCAUCGGCGCUCAGCGACAAGGCGUUGUCGCCGAAUCGGGAGAAAAGGUCAUCCCAGAUCACUUUUUCAACGGCAUGCGCUCCACUCUCUUCGACGCGACUUUCGUACCGGGCGGCAAACACGUUACCGCGUUGGCAAAGAACGGUGUUGCCAAGUUCUGGAUCACAGAGUCUUUUGCUCACCUUAAGGCCAUUGCUGGUGUGAAUGAAGCUGUUGCUUUCAUCGCGAGACAAAUCGAAUUGGAUGAGGUGCAGAUUGCCAAGCCCGGUACCUCUCUUGCCGAAUCCUAUGGUGUUGUGACCGGCCAUGGCGAUGCAGCUACGACGCUUAACGUUGGACAAGUCGGUCCUGAUUCAAAGACUCUUGCGGAGCAGUUUAUUUGGCACGUCUCGCGCCACCGGAACUGGCAGCGUGAGUUGGAUGGAUUGGCUGAUCAAAUUGCCGCAUAG